CACUAGUAGUGUUGGAGCUACAAAAGUGAGACAAAAUCCAUUUGGUGCCUCAUCAACUAGAUCUAAAGGCGUAAUGCCUGAUCAGUGUAUGCGGAUUCCAAAUGAUGAUGCUUCGAUCCUCAAAGUUGUCCCUCAAAUUGAUGAAAAUGAAACUGUAUGUGAUUUGGAGUUGGAUGACAAGAAUGACAAUGACAUACAAUUUGAUCAAAAUGUUAAAGAACCCAAGAACGGAAUGAGGUUUAGCUCCGAACAAGAACUUUUCUUAUAUUAUGAGCGGUAUGCUCAGCGAGCAGGUUUUGGGGUGAUACGUAAAGGAAGUAAAAAUAAACCAUGUGGAAGUGUAAAAUACCUCACCCUUGCUUGUGCUCAUUAUGGCAAGACAAAAGCCAAGGCAAGUAAUAUUGGUAAGUCAAAUCCAACAAAGAAAACAGGGUGUAAGGCCAAGAUCAAUGCGCGGUUAGUUGAUGGAGCGUGGUUUUUGACUACUGUUGAGGUUGACCAUAAUCAUGCUUUAAGCCCAGGCAAAGCUAGAUCUUUUCGAUACAAUAGGAAGUUAGCUUGUAUUGGGAAAAGAAAGCUUGAACAAAAUGAUAGUGCUGAAGAAGGUAUGAGGAGGAACCCCAACUCUCUCGUUGCUAAAGUUGAGGGGUAUGAGAAUCUUCCGUUUGUAGAGAAAGAUUGUCGGAACUUUAUUGACAAGGUAAGACAUCUUCGGCUUUGCAAAGGAGGUGCUGGAGUGCUUCAUGACUAUUUCAGUAGAAUACGAGAAAUGAAUGAUGGCUUUUACACUGUGAUGGAUUUGGAUGAUGAAUCUAGGUUAAGAAAUGUGUUUUGGAUUGAUGUACGGAGUAGGGCAGCGUAUGAGUAUUUUGGGGAUGUAAUUACAUUUGACAUGACGUACUUGGCUAAUAUGUACGAAAUGCCAUUUGCUUAUUUUGUGGGAGUGAAUCAUCAUGGCCAGUCAAUACUUUUGGGGGCGGGAUUACUAUCAAGUGAAGAUACAGAGACAUUUGUUUGGUUGUUUGAAACAUGGUUGAAAUGCAUGAACGGUCAAGCUAUAAAUGCAAUUAUAACAAAUCAAGAUAAGGCUAUGAAAAGUGCAAUUGCAAGAGUUUUUCUUGGAGCCCGUCAUAGAUUCUGUUUGUGGCACAUUAUGAGAAAAGUCCCUGAAAGGCUUGGAUCACAUGCUCAAUACACCUGUGGCUUGAAGAAUGCCAUAGAAACUUGUAUAUAUGAUUCUCAAACGUGUGCUAGAUUCAAUGAGAGUUGGCAAAGUCUACUUGAGAGUUAUGAUCUUCAGGAUAAUGCAUGGUUGUGUGGGUUAUAUGGUGCCCAACAUAUGUGAAAGAUACAUUUUGGGCCGGAAUGAGUACUACACAAAGAAGUGAAAGUAUGAAUGAAUUUUUUGAUAGUUAUGUGCAUUCAAGGAGCACAUUGAAGGAAUUUUUUGACCAAUUUGAUCAUGUUUUGAGGAGAAAGGUUUUGGACGAGAAAACAUAUGAUUUUGAUUCUUUUAAUAGCACCAUUCCAUGUAUAUCCCAUUACCCUAUUGAGAAGAAAUAUCAAGAUGUUUACACCAAUGCAAAGUUCAAAGAAGUUCAGGAAGAGUUUAGGUGCUUGAUGUAUUGUGAUUGCUCUCGUCUUAAAUGUGAAGGUGCAAUUUCUACCUAUCAAGUGUCUGAUGAGGUAAAAGUUGAUGACUGCAUAAAGGAAUUAAGAUUCUGUGUUUACUUCAAUGAAGAUGAAUAUGAAGUGAAAUGCAAUUGUGGGUUGUUUGAAUUUAGAGGAAUCUUGUGUAAGCAUGCCCUUAUCGUAUUAAACCUAAGGAAAGUUAGAUUGUUACCAACAAAAUAUAUUCUUGACCGAUGGAGGAAGGACUUGAAGCGAACAAAAUAUGAUGAUUUGAGUAGCAACCUUGAUGCACAAAGAUAUGGCCGCAUGAUGAAAAAUAUUUUUGAAGUAGCAUUGAUCACAGCAACAAGCGAGGACCAUUACAUGGAUGUCAUGCAUCAUCUAGAUAUGUUAAAGGUGAAAUACUAUGGCUUAAGGUGUGAACCUAGUCCACCUUCCCAUCACCUUCCAAGUGCAUCUUCUAUAUGUAAUGAAGCCAUUGAUGGUGUGGCAGUAAAAAGUAAUAAGGUGUUUAGUACUGUUGUGGUUUGGAGUAAAUGGAGGUCACCUUUAAAAAGAAAGGUGCCUACAGUAGAAAAAAUGGUGAAGAGAUUACAAGCAAAAAAGAAACAAUCAAGUGACCACAAUGCCAAACAUAAGAGAAGAAAAAAUAAGACCUGCCAAGCAAUGCAAGAAAGUGAAGUGAACACAAGUGAAACUCCAUUGCCUUCGGUAACUGAUACUCAACGUGGUUAUAUAAUUGGAACUCAAGAUAAUGCAAUUACUCAGGUAUACAAAACAAUUAGUGGGCUUGAUGGAAUGUUUUGUUGUUGUUGAUUUAUAUAUUUGUAAGAGUCAAAAGUAUUAAAUUCUAGUAGGGUUCUCAAGAAAUCACAGAGUUGAUUGCAGCUGAGAGAGAAAAGUUGACAUCAGUACCUGCUGGUGGUGGCGCUAUUGUUUAUGUAAUGUUUUGCUUAUAAGAACCUAGAUUGAUUCUCUUUUUUUCUCUCGUACUAACGGCAAAUUACAUUGUUAUGUCCUUGCUAUUCCUCCUUUUCUUUUUGUAGUUUUUUAUAACUUAGACAUGUUUGUUUAUUUUGCUAACUUACAAAUUUGUUUUGCUGCAGGAUAUGGGUUUCAGCCUCUUUGACUACUAAGUGAUUGAGCUGGCUAGUUUGUUUGUAUGGAGGCUCUUUUAUUUUGAGCUAGUGCUUUUAGUAGAUGUUACAAGAUUUUGUGUCUGUAGUUGGCUGAUAUUGGUGUAUGGUUUUUGUAAGUGUUGGACAGUUGGAAAGUGUAUGGUUUUUACAGUGAUUUUCAGAAAACUUCAUAUGCAAUUUCUUGGAAUAGCUCCAGACCCAAGCUGAGGUGGCUUUGUGUUUUGUUUUGUAGGUGUGAAGCAUUGAGUAUAAAAUGUGCAUGUCUUAAAUUUGUUCUCUUGAUCUUGUAAUUUAGUGGGAUAACUUAGUCUAGCAACAAUGCCUUCAAAAUUUUGAUAGAAAUAGGCAUUAAUUAAUGGUGAAGCUGGACUAGUGAUGGUAAGUCUGUCUAUGAUAACCUUUUCUAGUCUUGGAGCUGCAAGGACUGAUGCCAUAUGACUUUGGAAUUUGGAUGCUGAGGCAAGCUGUCAUCGUGCAAAGUACUUAAGUCAGCUUCCAGACUUCAUUUUGGCGUAGAGACAUGCCUGAUUUAGAAGAAAGUACUUUCUCCUGGAAAGAUUGAAAUGGUUGGUGACGGCUCGAGAUUCAGCUUCCAGAUUUUAACCCUCGCCUCCUAACCACUCCAUUUGCCCAAUUCUUAAGGAUGUGAUGGAUGACCCUUGUGUCGCUGCGGACGGUUACACUUGCAGCCGUAGAGCAAUAGAUCUCUGGCUGGCUUGAAGAGAACGAUAAAUCACCCAUGACAAUUGUUAUUGAAAGCAAAUGUUUGAAGACCUUGCGCUCAUAGCAAGAAUUGUUACUCCUUAGUCUCUCUCUGUUAAAGUUGGUGAUUAUGAAACCUUGGAACACCAAGGUUUCUUUCGUGCUGCAGCCGCUUUAGAAGAAUUUUGUGAGGGUUCCUCCAACACUAGUACUCAACCGUAUCGUUACCCCAAAACUUAUGUCGUUUAGAUUUAAUUUCAGCCAGCCGAUGCUUUUUGUUUUUCUAGCUUUCUUAUUUCAUGGAGUUGUAGGUACCUAGAUUUUUCAUCGCAAUCUUCAUUAUUUGUAUGCUUCUCUUCCAUCUCAAAUUGCUUUAGUGAUAAUUAAAAAUA